AUGCCCACUUCAAGGAACGAAGGCGUGGAGCUAGCCUUAAGACGCGACAAUGAACAACCUGCGCAGAUGCUGGUCCUGGCCCAAAGUGACGAGGCUUUUGCGUCGCCCUCGAGACGAAGAAGAAGCACUCUGGCAGAUAUGAGAAAGGAUUUGGAGGAUCUGCCAAAGCAGCAGCCGAGAUGGCGUUGGCAAGCGAAAGUGGUGCUGGCCUUCUACACCUUGGCACGCAUCGCUGGUAGCCUUCCCUUCACAUACCUCAGGCAAUCUGUUGAUUACCACAAGGUGUGCGAUGCCGUGUUUCGGCCCUUGGUGACAGGUUUUGGGCUCUAUGUGUUUCUCCACAGGAUGGACCGGUUCUCCGUCAAGAACUCGCUGCAUUUUUGGAGCUUGGUCACAAUGUGUUGUCUCGCGUUGCCUGCUGGUGACGUAAGCGUGCAGUACGCACUGAAGAGAAGUUUCGGAUCGACAGCACGGGCCUCAUUUCCGAUGCUUGUCUGGGAAGUCCUAUGCAAUGUCCUGCAGGUUUACAUGACCAGCCUCAAACUUCGAGCCCUCGGCUGGCAUCGCAUAGCCCGGUGCUGUAGGGUUCUCACAGCUCUCGGUGUUUUUUCUCUUGUUCUGGCCGCCGCCGCCGGCACCCCUCAGUCGCCUUUUGCACUCACUUGUCUUGGCUGCUUCUUCGCCGUGGUGGAUAUUCAGUGUUGGGCAUUGUGCCGUGCAGCAAGCAGAGCUAUGUGGCAAGCAAGGGGGAAUGAGUAUAUUUGGUGGACGGCAUGCCUCCUAUACGCAAAUGCCUGCCUCGUCCCUUUGGGCCCAGCUUUGAGUUUUGUUGGCGUGCGAGCUUUCUUGGAAGCCUGGGAUGUUUAUAGGCAAUUCCCCCCGACACUGGUGACUCUUGACGUGUCCUUCCAAGUCUUCAAUGUGCUCGUUCUCAGUGGCAUGGUGGGCACCAUGCCGAUGAAUCUAGAGAGUUUGCAAAGGCUUGCAGAGCUGUCAGGGUUUGGCUUGGCUUCCGCACGUAUUGCCUUCCCAGGACACAUCAGCCGGAGCGCAGCUGACUGCGUUGUAUCGUUUCCUGGUAAGUACAGCGACCUCUGGGACAAAGCGGUCUCAAGUGUUGCAAGAGAGGAGGCAUUUUCUCUGGCUUGUGUAUUCUUGACAGACGCUGCGUCUGGCCUGGGUCGGCAUGCGAACAACCCAGAGACCCCUGGCAAGUGCUGGUGCCAGAAAAUCUACGGCCGGGUACCAGCCUCUACGUACCUCAGUGUGGUGGAAAUCAAUUCCGACGAGGUAGCUAACCAUGACCAGACGCUUGCCUUCAAAAGAGCAGAUGCGAAAGCGAUGGGCCAGCGACUCCUGAUAAAGCAACAUCAAGGAGACAUAGAGUGGGAACAAGAGCUUGCAGAGGCCUUGCAAGAUGCCGAAGCCCGCUGCAUCGAAAAUGAGGACCGGGCACCCUGGGGUUGUCAAUGGUUUGAAGAGUGGAAGCGCAACGUGGACCGGGCGGCUGAACUUGGCCAAACGCUUCACGUUUUCUAUUUUGAGGGCUGCAAGGCCAAAGGCAAGAUGCCUUGGCAUCUGCUCGCGGACGAGAAGACUAGGCAGGAAGCCCGGUGGGAUAGUGGCCUGGGUGCUUCGCAGACCGCAGAGGUAGCGUAUCUCGACAAGAUCGGAUUGAGCUAUGUGGAGCACGACAUCAUGGAGUUUGAGGCGCAUACUUUGCUGGGCAAGGAAUCACCAUCCUAG